AUGGCACAAGAAAAAGAACGAGAAGUGGUUACAGAACUUCUCGAGCUGUAUCGAGACUUGCCCUGCCUUUGGGACCUAACAUGCGAGUCGUAUAAAGACUCAACGCAGAAAAGAAAUGCAUGGGAUAUUUUAGCUCAUAAAUUAAAUGAAAUUGACCCUACAGCCAACGCGGCGUCUGCAAAAAAGAAGAUAGACAAUCUAAGAAUUUCUUAUUUACGGGAAUCGAAGAAGGAACAACAAAUAGGCGGGACUAAACGAAAAAAGCUAACAAGAGAACGCAACAUCGAAAUUAAAAAAGAAAAAAUGAUAGAGGCAGCAAAUAAUUUAUUAACCAGCAAAACGGAAACUAAUGCAUUCGGAGUAUAUGUGGGCAAGAAAAUGGAAGAAAUACCCCUUGGUCAGCAGCGAGAUCUAGCUGAGAAACUAAUUUCAGAGAUCAUGUUUCUUGUAGAUAAACAAACAAUU